AUGCAGUACUGGAAAGAUUUGACGUUGGAUAAGAAAACUGCCAACAAGCUGUUGUGGAUUUCUGAUGACUGCUCUAAGGUAGUUCGUAAGACUAAGGAGGUCUGUCCUGUACUUGAUGGACCAGAGAGAUAUGAAUAUUCUCCACAGGUGCUAUGCAAAGAGAGUAUUUGGAACAGCAGAGCUUACUGGGAGGUUGAGCACUCAGGGUGGGUGGUAAUUGGAGCCACCUACGAAGAAGCAGCAAGGAGGGUAGAUCUUAGGCCAAGUGGUAUUGGGGAAAAUGAUGAAUCUUGGGGUCUGUGUUGGUCAGGAGUGCGUUACGAGAUCUGGUUCAACUGCGCUCACCAAGACGUCAAUGAUGUCCCAUUUAGCCCCGUUAUUGGAGUAUAUAUCGACCAGCCUGCAGGGAUAAUAACCUUUUACACUGUAACUGGUGAGGGAGCAGAGAAAGAGGUUGGGUUGCUGCAUAAAAUUAAAACUAGUAUUGAGAAAAAAGUUCUUCCUGGUUUUUGGUUGGGAGUUCAAUCCUCCUGCACUUUACUGAGGAGAACAGAAAAAGAUGAAUGA